CCCAAUGAAUACAAAGAAAACAAGAGCUCGCAUCACUAUUACUUUAAGAGUGCUUGUGUUGAGAACCCUUGCAAGAACAACUCCACUUGUCAAAGACGUUUAGAUGAAAAAGGCUAUUCCUGUUUGUGUUCCGGUGGAUUCAUGGGUCAGACUUGCGAUGAAGACAUUGACGAGUGCGCUUACGGAACAUACACAUGCAAUGCUGAUGCCGUGUGCAAUAACACCAAGGGAUCUUACAGAUGUACAUGCAAACCUGGAUACAAUGGAGAUGGAAAUGUAUGCAACACGGCUUCCACUUGCAAGGAAGCUUUUGAGAGACAUGGAUCAAUGACAAGUGGAGUGUACACGCUUACGUUUGGUUUACAAAAGAUUCCCGUUUACUGUCACAUGGGAAACUUUGGAUGCGGAGAUGGAGGAUGGACAAUGGCCAUAAAGAUUGAUGGCUCAAAGAGCACUUUCCACUAUGACUCUCACCUCUGGAGCGACAAAAAUACCCAUAACAUCACAGGAGGCAAGACUGGCUUUGACUUACAAGAAACCAAAUUACAGACCUACUGGAACACAUCUUUCUCCCGGGUCUGUCUGGGUAUGAAGAUCGGAAACCAAACUAAUUUUAUUGUCAUCCAGAAAGAGGCGAGCUCUCUUUUCUCCCUAAUCGCUGACGGGCAAUACCGCAAUACAUUACUGGGUAAAAACACGUGGAAGACGCUGAUUGGAAAAAACGUCUCCUUACAGCAUCUUUGUGACAAGGAAGGGUUCAAUGUCCAUGGUGACACCCGGUACUCUAAAGCAAGAAUUGGCAUCAUUGCUAACAGCGAAAACGAAUGCAGAAGCUGUAAUUCCAGAAUUGGCUUUGGUACAGGAGGGCUUCCUGAGGGCUCCAACACGUGUGGAAACGAAGCUAACCACAAAUCAGAUAACGGAGAAAAACACACCAAAGCCAUGGGGUACAUCUUGGUGCAGUGAGAAGGAAAUCAUCAAAAGAAAUGGACCUGCCAACCGAAUGUGACUAAGAAAAAUGUAGAUGUAGUAUAAAAAAUACAACGAGUUCAAAGGAGUCAGAAACUAAUUCUAAAAUGAUCUGGUGCUAUCUGCCUCUCAAAACAGAUUUUUGAAAUCCAAUUUAAGUCUCGUAGUUGGUCUGGGGGAUGGGCGAAGCCUUGUAGUUUAUAGAAUGGAGAGUAAGUCGGCCUCACCCUAGUAUAAUCUGCUUAGAUUUCUUACAUCAAAGAAAUAAGUAUAACGGGUUACUUGAGUUCUCUUGUAUGGCAAAAAAAAAAUUGGAAAAACGAGAGAUAGAAAAACAGAAAGGUCAAGAGGAUCAUUAUCAAUAGCUGGGAGCAGAGCCUUAUAUAAAACUACCAUAACAUUUAAUUCAAAACCCCCUUAUGUAAAUCAUCAUCGCUACGUAGCGACAAUAUAGAGGUCCAAAUAUAAAACCCCUGGAUGUCAGGUACGGUUCUGACCUUCACGAUCGACGAUCGAUAUCAAUAUCUGCGCGCAGACCCCUAGAUGUAACAUUUUACAAUCGCAAUAAACUGGGCACAGGUUUAACACGGAUGUCACAUUU